GCGGCGCUAUUUCCAGAUUCGCCUGAGGCUUCGCUCGCACUUCGCCGGGAGCCUUCCUGGCGCGCGAGCCAUAGCUGGCGCCUACAAGGGAGGCGGCGGGCUGCGGGGGUCGGCCGGGGCAGGGGGUCCGGGGCCGAGGGGGGGACACGCCGCCGCGCCCUCGCCCGCGCGCUCCGGCCACCAGCCCCGCGCCGCUCCCUCAGACGCCUCACGGGCUUCCCCUCCGAGCAGGAGCCGGAGCCGAGCCCGAGCUGGGGCGGAGGCUGCCCCUGCCGGCCGGGCGCCGCGAAGCUGGGUGCUUGGCGUGGAGCACCGCGCCCGGGCUGGAGGUGCCUACCACCCGGCAGACAGACAGCGCCAGACCCUGGCUCAAUGGACUCCCGGUGUGAACCAUGAUGGAGGAACACACCUCCCACACCUCAGAAGCGACCCCGGAGCACACCCCGGAUGACCCUGCAAGCCAGAACCAUGCGGCUGACCUGCAUGUUCUCGUCCAUCCUGCUGUUCGGAGCCGCCGGCCUCCUCCUCUUCAUCAGCCUGCAGGACCCUACGGAGCUUGCCCCCCAGCAGGCGCCAGGAAUCAAGUUCAAUCUCAGGCUGCAGCAGCCCCAGCCCCACAAGGGCCUCCCGCCAGGCACUUCCCAGCACGGAGACCUGCAGGCCCCUGCCAGGAGGGACUCUGCAGACGUGUCCAGCCAGGGCCCUGGGGGUGUCCACCUAACGGAGCCUGAUCAGCCUCGGGGCCCCAUCAACCCAGGAGCCCGCCUGCGACCCCGCCAGCGCCGCCGCCGGCUGCUGAUCAAGAAAAUGCCGGCGGCCAUAGCGACCAACAGCUCUGGGGGCCCGGACGGGCGCUGGGCCCGGCUGCAGCGGAGCCAGCAGGAGCGCAAGCGGGUGAUGCGUGAGGCCUGUGCCAAGUACCGGGCAAGCAGCAGCCGGCGGGCCGUCACGCCACGCCACGUGUCACGCAUCUUCGUGGAGGACCGGCACCGGGUGCUGUACUGCGAGGUGCCCAAGGCCGGCUGCUCCAACUGGAAGCGGGUGCUGAUGGUGCUGGCAGGCCUGGCCGGCUCCACCGCCCACCUGCAGCACGACGCAGUGCACUACGGCAGUGCCCUCAGGCGGCUGGACACCUUCGACCGCCAGGGCAUCCUGCACCGCCUGGGCACCUACACCAAGAUGCUCUUCGUCCGAGAGCCCUUCGAGCGCCUGGUGUCCGCCUUCCGCGAUAAGUUCGAGCACCCCAACAGCUACUACCACCCAGUGUUCGGCAAGGCCAUCGUGGCGCGGUACCGGGCCAACGCGUCCCGGGAGGCGCUGCGCACAGGCGCAGGCGUGCGCUUCCCCGAGUUCGUGCAAUACCUGCUAGACGUGCACCGGCCCGUGGGCAUGGACAUCCACUGGGACCAUGUGGGCCGCCUCUGCAGCCCCUGCCUCAUCGACUACGACUUCGUGGGCCGCUUCGAGAGCAUGGAGGACGACGCCAACUUCUUCCUGCGCCUGGUGCGCGCCCCCGCCAACCUGACCUUCCCGCGCUUCAAGGACCGGCACUCGCAGGAGGCUCGCACCACGGCGCCCAUCGCCCGCCGCUACUUCGCGCAGCUGUCCCCGCUGCAGCGCCAGCGCGCCUACGACUUCUACUAUAUGGACUACCUGAUGUUCAACUACUCCAAGCCCUUCGCGGACCUCUACUGACACCCCCACCCCUCCCGGGGGACACUCCAGAGACGUCCCACCUGGUGAUGGACUGGGGGGCACACACAUCCCUUGGGGGGGGAACCCACUCUCCCAUUUCCACCCUUCCAGGACCUGGAGCUGGGGGAAGGGAACCCAGGGUGUUGCCUGUCUCCCAACUGGGGGGGGGGGGGGGCGGGCAGAGGCCCUAGGGCCUUGGAUGGGAAUGCUUUCCAUUGUGCCAGCCCUGUUCCUCCCUUCCUCGCUCCUUCCUCCCUUAGGAAAAUGCUAGGGGUGAAUGAGGAGAAACCACCCCCACACACACACACACACACCAAGAGUUCCUGUUGCCGGAACCCCGUUCAGCCAAAAGUCAGGGUGACCAGGGAAGACGGUGGCUCAGAGGACAAGGGCCCCAGCGGUCAGGGAGGUCCUGCAGCCCCUUCCUUAGUCGUUGCCUUGUACCAAACCACUCGGUUUGCAGCUUUUCUACCAAUGGGGGAGGGGGGAGGGAAGGUGGUGCCCUUGGAAUGAGGUUGUAAAUAAAGCACAUGGUUUCCAGAGCAGCAGUGUCUGGUGGGGAGACCAGCGGACAGUGCCCCCUACUGUCCAGUGCGUCCUCUUUUUUCUCAGGAUGGUCAAGCUCAGCCCAGUUGCAGGGGAGUCCAGAUGGGAGUGACUUCAGUUCAUACACAAGCCCCAGUGGUUCCCAGUUGUGGGAUGGCAGCAGUGUGUCCAGUGCAGGCUCCUGCAGCAUGGUACCCCCAAAGCUGGGGUCCCUUCUUGUCAAUGUGCUUUGCCUUUUGGGGUGGGCAUUUGGGGACUACUACGGCAGGGAUGAGCUCUUUGGGAAUGAGGCCAUUCAGGGCUAGCACUGGGACUCCUGAGGCCCUGUGCAUGGGUCUAAAUGGGUAUGGUGUUUCCAGGUGGGUAGUGACACCGUCUCUGGCUUUCUGGACCUCUGAGUCAAGCAGGACUUUGCCCCAAAGCUGUCAUGUGCAGAUUCCUGGCCCUGUCCUGGACUCCUGGCUCAAGUCACCAUACAAAGUCAUCCCAACGUGAUAAGAAUUGCCCAGCCCCAGUGAACCAGCUUUGGGGGAGAGCCAAGAAGCUGGCAAGGAAAAUUCUCCACCAAGAGUGAGUAUUCCCUCUCUUUCACACACACACACACACACUGACAACUCAGAGACAAAAGCUACGGUAAGGCUUGAAAGGCCUAAAAAGCAUUUAGGAGCUGUGAGUGUGGGGGUCUCUGAGGGGUAUUGGUUUGUGAGGGAGAAGUGCUUGCCUAUUUCUAGGGCUCUGUCUGCUUGCUUUGUGGUCUUGUCUCUAUCUGCUAGGAGUUUCCUGCGUGUCCUCUAUAUUCCUUUUUUUAAGAUUUUACUUAUUUAUUCAUGAAGAAUGAUAGGCGGAGAGGAAGAACCAGACAUCACUCUGGCACAUGUGCUGCCGGGGAUUGAACUUGCUACCUCACACUUGAGAGUCCAAUGAUUUAUCCACUGUGCCACCUCCUGGACAACCCUUCUGAAGAUUCCUGUGGGGCUUUUACUCCCAGGAGAUGGCAUUACUCCCAGGAGAUCAGUCAUUCCCACUUGCUGGAGGACAUGUUGCCAGACCCCAAGGUGAAGACAUGCAGGGAGCUCUUACCCCAGCUGCUCCACUUCCCCGUCUGCCUCCACCAUUGACUCCAGAAACGUCUGAGGCAGAACCGGGAGUGGAGGCUGCUUGCACCUGCUGGGGCCACAUGCCUCCAGGAACCCUGAGCAGGGUGGAGCUCCCACAGGGUCCCUCCCUGAUUCUUGAAAGGACCACCUGACAGAAGGGAGCCAGGGAGUGUGAGGGGCUGUGGUCAGGCCUGGACCCACAGGGCAGUGAAGGAGGCAGGGAGGCCUGGCUGACUAUACCCUGGGCCUCACACAGGGAGGUGCAUUCACAGCGCAGGCAACAGCUGGUCAUGGGUUCAUGUGGUGGCACUUGACAUGGUAUCCUCACUGACUGCUAGUUGGGGGAGACACUGAGAGCCUAGCUGGGAUGGUUCACAGGACGUCAGUACCCAGUGCUGCUGCCCAGACAUAAACAGGAUGCCCGGGGACAUCCUCCCACAGUGAGUGUGUGCUCAGGUCUGAGAAAGGCAGAUAUGCACACACUUCUGGAGGGCCUCUUCCUUUUGAGUGGCCAAGAGACACAGGAGUUCAGGCCAUGAUCACCACUUGCUGACCCACUGGAUGACCUUCAGCUGAAGGCCAGAGGUUCAGUCCUGAGGCCUCACCUCUGAAUCAGUUCCAGCCUUCAGUCUUGGCUUCUAGGUGCAUACAGGCUGGUGGGGAUCACCCUCUCUGCUCUUGGAGAUUCUCCCUUGCUGUUCCUUCCUGCCUGUCCUAUUUAGCCCAUCUGACCUCAACUCUGUGGGGACCAUCUGGAAGGGCUCAGCUGGCUCAAAGUUUCAAGAAUGGACAUGGACUCCUCUCCCCUCCUGUGGGGUCAAGCUGGGGCAAUAACCACAGAACCUCCUAGUGCCCUUCUCUGCCUGGUUCCCCAAAGGGGGGGCUUCUCGGGGCCCACUGUGAAGUUCUUACCAGGCCUUUGCCCUCAGAGAAGCUGAGACUCCCUUAGGGCCCCUGCUAUCUGAAUGGUAAAGAAAAUAGGGAUUCAGGUGGUAGCUUAGCAGGCUAAGUGCAUGUGAUGCAAAGUGCAAGGACCGGCAUAAAGAUCCCAGUUCGAGCCCCUGGCUCCCCACCUGGAGGGGGGUCGCUUCACAGGUGGUGAAGCAGGUCUGUAGGUGUCUUAUCUUUCUCUCCCCCCUUCUGUCUUUCCCUCCUCUCUCCAUUUCUCUGUCCUAUCCAACAACAAUGACAUCAAUAACAACAAUAAUAAUAACUACAACAACAAUAAAACAAGGGCAACAGAAGGGAAAAUAAAUAAUAAAAAAAUAAUAAACAAAUCAAAGAGAUUCUCUUGCCUGAGACUCCGAAGUCCCAGGUUCAAUCCCCCACAUCACCAUAAGCCAGAGCUGAGUAGUGCUCUGGUAAAAACAAAAAAAAAAAGGUUUUCAACUCUCUGGAUUCUCCAGAGAGGCCACCAGGUUGUAAAUGCUACCAUGAUGCCAACUGGACUUCCCUGAGGCAGACAACCCCAUCAUGUGUCCUGGAGCCCCGCCUCCCCAGAACCUCACCCCUCUAGCGAAAUAAGAGAUACAGGCUGGGAGUAUGGGUUGACCUGUCAAUGCCCAUGUUCAGCGGGGAAGCAAUUACAGAAACCAGACCUCCCACCUUCUGCACCCCAUAAUGACCCUGGGUCCAUACUCCCAGAGGGAUAAAGAAUAGAAAAGCAACAGGAUGGGAU